ACCGAAACAGCCGCCGAUGACGUUAUCAGACCACGGUCGUGUUAUGUGCAUAGAUAAUAUAAGAAUUCUUAUAUUAUCUAUGGUUCUGUGUUACUAGCACGGCUUUAGAUAAAGCUCUAUCUAAAACCGUGGUUAUUACUAGUGCCGGGAGUCUACCAUAAUAUUAUUUUAUCAACGGAAUUCGAAUUACGGGCACAGUGCCAUGGCCCACAAUCAGGACUUGCUGAUCAAAGACACGACGAGGGCACGUGCGAACACUCACCACUGCGACGUGCCUUAAAAGUUCAAAACUAUCAGUUCCUUCACGGUCGUUGUCGUAGCCUUAAUGAUAAGCCGAAGUCAGCCGACUGUCAUCUCAAUAUCGACAGGCGACAGCACAAUCAUCGGCGACGUGUUUCACACAAUAUACACGUGACGUCUUGACGUCGUUCACUGACAAUCACCGUUUGAUCACGUGCAAAUACGUACAACAUUGUAAAAUACACGAACAGUUGAACGCCGCGUCGCCGUAUGCUUAACCACAAAUACGCGACCAGUGAUCAACGGCACGACGGUGACCGGGUGUACAGCGAUAACGUUAUCGGUUAUCACAAUUAUUCUGCGCGUAUCUAUUUUGUAUGCGUUUAACGAUAGUCGUCGCUGUUAUUCGAACGAACGGCGGGAGGCUGUCGCUACUGUUCCAUCUGUGCGCACUUUAAUCGUUUGCUUGCGGUGGUCGGCAGUCUCGCGACCACUACGACACGAUCACCAGACCUACCGAGAUCGUCUGUCGGGUGCCGUUGCCGAAACGGUGUGAUCUGUCCGCCGGGAGAAAAACGUGACGGAAUAUGGCGGCGGCUGUCACCAGUAGUGUUAAUACGGUGACGAGUGCUGCUGAAGAAUUCCUGUCUCCGCACAAGCCCGUGGACACGAUGACGACAACGUCGCCACUAGUCGGACUCGUCAGUGGAUGCGCCGGCGCAGUGGCUCUCGUAUACGUGGGACAGCCGCUGGACACUGUCAAGGUACGCAUGCAAUUGUCCACGGCCACUCGGGCUGUGACGUCUAACGGCGGUGGUGGCGGUAGCGUAUCCAUGUGGGGUUGCGUGCGCGACAUGUGGCGUCAGGCCCUAGUGACUCCAGCUCCACAUAUUCGGCAACUGACGAACAACGCCGCUGGAGCCGUCGUCGAGGCGUGCCCGUUGACGGCCACCGGUCAGCCGGCCAGCAAGGCGGCCGCGGCCGGACGCAUGGCCCGGCUCAUGUACGCCGGCACGGCGCCCGCGCUACUGGCCAACGUAGCCGAAAACGGAGUACUGUUCGCAGCAUAUGGUCCUUGUCAGCGGUUGGUGGCGUUCGCGUUGGAUUUGUUCGGGGGGGCCAGUGCCGACAAUGCCGUCGUGGACGUGGAAAAAAAACUCGGCCCGGCCGGCAUGGCUACAGCUGGUAGCUUGGCGUCGCUGUGCUCAGCGUUCGCGCUAUGCCCCACCGAGCUGAUAAAGGUCCGUCUGCAGGCGGCUGACCUGGACAGGGCCAACUGCGCUGCUGUUUCCGGUACAGCGGCUGGACGUCCACAAAAUCCUGCAGCCGGCACGCUGCAGGUCGUUGCCCGAGUGUGGACCACCGAGGGCGGUCUCCGAGGGAUGUACCGGGGACUGGGCUCGACGGUGGCACGCGAAAUGCCUGGCUACUACGUGUUCUUCCUGGCGUACGAGGCGAGCCGUACGUACAUGAACGAUUGGUAUCACGGAUCUUUGGCUACCUCUACGGCACCGUCGGUAGAACACCGAGAGGACCCGGCUUGGGUGACGAUGACAGCAGGUGCAGCGGCAGGUACUUGCCUCUGGCUAGUUGUGUAUCCGGUGGAUGCGAUCAAGUCUCGAAUUCAAGCAGCUGGUGGAGGCGGAUGUACAGCCGAAAGUUCAAGUGGCGGUUUCCUGAGGGCUAUGGCUCUAUCUGUACGCAACGAGGGCCCGCUGGCCCUAUAUCGCGGCCUGGCACCCACCUUGCUGCGCACUGUUCCUGCAUCGGCUGUCAUGUUCUGGACCGUGGAGCGUACGAAGACAUUGAUGUCGGGAUACGGGCUAUGAGAUUUUUGUUUCAUGUAUUCCUAAUUGAUUGAUUACGAUAUGCUAUGAAUAGCUUAUAUGUCGUUAGAUCAAUAUUAUGUAUCAAGUAUGCAUGUUUGUCGAUGCAGACAUAAUAUCCAGGAGACAACACAAAUUUGGUAUUAUGUUUGAAGCGGGCUUUUAAUUUUAACAACAAACAAAAUAUCUAGUAGGUUCAUAAUAAAAUUAAAUUUCAUUCUUAAAUUUGUGAUUUAUAUCACUAGUUUUAAAACGAAAAAACCCCAUUGAUUUGUUGUUAAUUUAUUAAUUACAAUAUGUGCUUAGUACUUCUAGUAAGUUAUACUUAUUAGUAGGGUACGGAUUUUGAAACAAUAAAUCUAGAAAAGCACUUACAUAAAGCUAUAGAGCUCAACAAAUAUUCCAAAAAAUCAUCCAGUUAAACCAUUAGUUUUAAAAUUAUUUUAAUAAAAAAGAUUUCUAUUUACAACAAAAAACUAAAUAAAAGAACUUAAAAUAAAGCAACUAAGCUCUACAAAUCCUAAAAAAAUUACAAACAAUGGAAGGUUGUCAAGAAAUUACAGAACAGGUACCUACUUUUAUCAAUUAAUCAAUAAAUUAAAUCAAGCAUAACGAGAUUGAGCCAUUUCCUUAGAACACAUUAUAUCAUACAAAAAUAAACAUUAACCUUUCUUUCAAAUACGUUUAUUUAGAACACAUUUUGAAAUAAUUUUGCUUAAAAACAAACAAAGUACCUAAAAACCCAGAAAAAGUAUUAAAAUUCCAAAAAUUUAAAUUAAAUUUUGUUAAUUUCCUUUUAAGGUAGUAUUUAUAAAUAAAAUGUAUAGCUGACAUAGCUUUGUUUCAGAUCAAUAGAAAAAAAAAAGAAAUACCUUGAAAAUCCGUAAUCUACUUAUUAGAAUUAAAUACAAUUUAUCAAUCUAUGUAUAUAAUAUAUUUUAAGAUGCCCCAACAGUCAUCAGUAGUUACCAAUAAUUAAAUUGAGCCAAUCAUUUAUUAUUAAAAUCUCAUAGGUUGAUAGUCCUUUUAGUAGUUUUAGCAAUAUAAUAGGUACAUUAUAUUUAUUUUUGUUAGUUUGAAACACGCAAACUACCUAUUUACUUUGUUUUUUAAUAACUUUUUUUCUAUAAACAAGUGUAGAUUUUUCAUUUUCAAUAUGAAAAUAAUAUGCCCACGGGAUAUAAGACACUUAGACAAAUCUAAUAACAUUAACAAAAGUAUCUACAGUUAUUUUAUUUUAAAAAAAAACAUUGAUUUAAAGGUUGUAACUCGUAACUGAUAAAAUAUAACAUUAUGUUUUGAAAAAAUGUAUUUACAGACUGUUAUGGAAUAAACUCAUUUUUAUUGUUAUUUACAGCCAAGUACCUAUUAAUUGGAAUGAAAUAUAAAUUAUUAUUUUCAAAAUUGCCUAUACAAAUCCCCUUAAAACUGUUACUAUGUAUUAUAAUAUUAUGUGUAGUAUAAUAUAGGUUAUUAAUAAUAUAUAAAUCAUAAAUAUGUCUUCCAUAUAAUGUAUGUCUUCCAUGUAUUGCUCAGUUAUUGUUAUUGUUGUUUGUCAUUUUAGUUAAUAUUGUUACUAUUAUACUAUAUUGUGUAUAUUUUUAUUUUUUUUUUCUAAGUCCAUAAGUAAUAGUUGUAAAUUUCCUGUUAGAUUUAUUUUACUUGUAUCCAUACGGUGACAUUGUCGUUACUAUCACUCACGAGUUGUGUAAGUUAUAGGUUUUUUAUAUGGAAGAUUUUGUCUGGCUCAAUCAAUACCUAGCCUUGACAAUUGUUAAAUAUUCUUAGUUAUUUAUUUAUACGGAAUAUUAUUACUUAGCUAUUGUAUGUAUGUUUAUACAUAAUGUAAUAGAGUUUGUAGACUGCCUUAUGAUGUUGUUUUUGCCUUCUCUCAACCUCACAUGUUAAUACUAAACUUUGUCUAAACUGUGCCACUGAUAAAUUAUUGGCCACACUCAUUCACCAUCCUAAUCUGGUCUAAAUUCUCUAUCUCUAUGUACUCAGUUUUGAAUUUAUGGAAAUAACAUUAUGAUUACUGUCAUCAUUGUCACGUGUCAUAGAGUGGCAACUUCAAGUAUGAGGUUAGGUUAGGUUUUCAUCAUAACUAUAGAUAUAGUUAUAUUUUCAAGACCUUCCAUUUUAUUGCAGUUUAGGUACAUAAUAUAUGAUAGUUUUUUAUAUAGGUAUUAAGUAAUACACAAUGUAGAAUAUAUUAAAUGGAAUUUAAAGUUUUUUGAUAAAUAUCUAUGUAAAAAAUAA